AGAUAUUUUCUAAAAAAAAGAUUAUUUAAUAAAAGCAUCUGAAAUCUAGGCGUAGUUAUAACUUGAAGGUGCUACAUAAACCCUAAAUCAUCUGAGAGAUCGAAAAAUGAAAACGGAAGAGAUGAAGGAAUCAUCAGAGGCUGAUCCUCCUCCUUCUCCGACGUCGUUUUCUUCGUUACCAUACGACAUCAUUCUCAACUGUUUGGCUCGUGUCUCGAGAUUCCAUUAUCCAACUCUAUCUCUCGUCUCCAAGGGUUUCCGAUCUCUCAUCGCCUCCCGUGAGCUCUACGCUACACGAUCCCGCAUCGGAAAAACCGAGAGUUUCCUCUAUAUCUGCUUAAACCUGACUAAGAACCAAAACCCUAAGUAUCGCUGGUUCACACUUCCCCCAGUUCCCAACAACCAGAAAUUACUACCCAUCCGUUUGUUUCCUUAUCAUCUCAAAUCCUCAACCGUCAUCUCAACUGGUUCAGAGAUUUACAGAAUCGGAGGCCUCCUUUGGGGAAAUAGAAACAAGAGCGUGUCGGUUUUUGAUUGUCGAUCUAAUCAAUCGCGUAGACUCCCAAAAAUGCGUCUACCUCGAGCUUCUGCUGCCGCUCAUGUCAUUGACGGUAAGAUCUAUGUUAUUGGAGGCUACAAGUACAAUGAUAGCCAGAACCAAGGAGAGGUUUAUGACCCAAAGACCCAAACUUGGGAGCCAAUAUUGCUCACAACACCACUAGAUCUCACCACUCAAGUGUGUCGAAAAGUUUAUGACAGGCAUGGCAUGAAUAUUUGCUUUGUAGAGAUAGACAACUUGUUGUGCCAAAUAUCUGUAUCCGACGGGAAGCUAAAUUGGCGUCAUCCAAGGGGAGAUGAUAUUGGCUGGGCUAGGGUUAAGAGACUUGAACAGGAACGCUUCGGUAAUCAUCUUGUUUAUGUGGAAAAAUCCGGCGGAGGAAGAAGAGUGACAGUGUGGUGGAACUCUGUGGUGUUUCACUAUCGGUCUAGGGAAUAUGAAACAGAGAUUUGGUGUGCAGAGAUUUCGUUUGAGAGACACGGUUUAGAAGAGCUCUGGGGAUUUGUUGAAUGGUCUAAAAAAGUGUUUACAUUUAAUGGAUGUGACUCUCCUACGAAUUUCGUUAUGGAUUCUGCCAUUGUGACCUGUUGAUGAAUGGGAUUUAUUUUUAGUU